AACGGAAUGGGGAUGUGCCGGAAGAGCGGGAGCCCAUCUCGACGUACUUCGAUGAGAGGGUUCCCAUCCCGGAUGAUGACACGGCAAAGAUGUUUAGCUUUCGUAAACUUUGGGCCUUCACUGGACCGGGUUUUCUGAUGAGCAUUGCGUAUCUGGACCCUGGGAACAUCGAGUCGGACCUUCAGUGUGGGGCUAUAGCAGGAUUUAAGCUGCUCUGGGUUCUGCUGGCCUCCACCAUCAUCGGGCUCCUGCUGCAGCGUCUGGCCGCGCGCCUCGGUGUCGUCACAGGGAUGCACCUGGCCGAGGUCUGCUACAGCCAUUACCCCAAGGUGCCGCGAUUCAUCCUGUGGAUUACGGUGGAGCUGGCCAUUAUUGGCUCUGACAUGCAGGAGGUCAUCGGCUCCGCCAUCGCCCUCAAUCUGCUGUCGGUCGGCAGGAUUCCUCUGUGGGGUGGAGUGCUGAUAACCAUCAUCGACACUUUUGUGUUCCUGUUUUUGGACAAGUACGGUCUGAGGAAGCUGGAGGCGUUCUUCGGGUUCCUCAUCACCGUCAUGGCUCUCAGCUUUGGUUACGAGUAUGUGCGUGUGGCUCCGGACCAGGGGGAGGUUCUGAAGGGCAUGUUUCUGCCGUACUGCAGCGGCUGUGGACGAGCGGAGCUGGAGCAGGCCGUCGGGAUCAUAGGAGCCGUUAUAAUGCCUCAUAACAUCUAUCUGCAUUCUGCUCUCGUUAAGUCACGAGACAUCGAUCGAGCCAACAAGAGAGAGGUAAAGGAGGCCAACAAGUACAACUUCAUCGAGUCCACCAUCGCGCUCUUCAUCUCCUUCCUCAUCAAUGUUUUUGUGGUGGCCGUCUUCGCCGAGGCCUUUUAUGGCAAGACAAACAUGGAAGUGGGUCAGAAGUGUAAUGAGAGCGGAAGUCCUUACAGUGGUCUCUUCCCAGCCAACAACGAAACGCUCGAAGUCGACAUCUACAAAGGGGGUGUGGUCUUGGGCUGUUUUUUUGGCCCCGCGGCGCUGUAUAUUUGGGCGAUUGGGAUCCUCGCAGCUGGACAGAGUUCAACCAUGACUGGAACCUACUCUGGUCAGUUUGUGAUGGAGGGUUUCCUGAACCUGCGCUGGUCUCGCUUCGCUCGCGUGUUGCUGACGCGCUCCAUCGCCAUAUUACCCACUCUUCUGGUGGCCAUCUUUCGGGACGUGCAGAAUCUCACCGGCUUGAACGACCUCCUGAACGUGCUGCAGAGCAUACUGCUGCCGUUCGCUCUGAUCCCCAUCCUGACCUUCACCAGUCUGAAGACACUAAUGAACGACUUUGCCAACGGACUCGGGUGGAAGAUCAGUGGCGGUGUGCUCAUCGUGGCGGUGUGUGCCAUCAACAUAUACUUUGUGGUGGUGUACGUGACGGCUCUCGAGCACAUAUAUCUCUACGUCAUCUCUGCCUUAAUCUCCAUCGCCUACCUGUGCUUCGUCAUCUAUCUGGUCUGGCGCUGUCUGAUCGCUCUCGGCCUGCGCUGUCUGGAUUUCAGAGGCUCGGGUCAGUUCCCACCAGCCGCUCUCAUCAAUGAACAGCCAGAGUCCGAUUCCUGAUGAACGUCUGGACUGACUCAUGAUGAUCGUUUCCUCUCUAAUCUUCAGGAAAACUUUUAACCUUUUAGACGUCAUAUUUGUUAUUAAAAUGGUCCUCUCUUUUUGCCUUAAUGAGUAAUGCAUGUUAAGAUAAAAUGCAUUAUAUUAUUUUUACCAUCCUUUGGGGUAAAAACUGUACCAGUCUGACACCACAACAAAACAUUCAGCAUUAAACUUCAAGCUGGUACAUUUUGGACUUUUAUUCAUUUGUCAGCAUGUACAAUUUUAAUCGUCAUGGAAUGUGUUUAAAACAGAAAAUACCUCACAACAUACAGUAUUGUGUGCAAACAGACAAGAUUGUGCAAUAAUUGUACAGCAAUGUAGGCAAAAAUAAUUAAAGUUUCAAUUAAACAAAUUAACCUAGACAAGCAAAUACAUAUAUAGCCUAUGCAAGUACCUGACAAUAUUAUGUAAGUGUUCUUUAAAGCUGCAGUCCGUAACUUUUUUUGGUUAAAAAUGAUCCAAAAUCAAUUUUUGCCCGAUUCGCAACGGUAAUGUCACAGUCUUUUUAGUUUCACUUUCUGUUCAUAAGGACUUCAGUUUGUUUUCAUUUGUCACAUGUUCCUUUGUUCUGUUUCCCGCCAUCAUUCUGUUACCGUCAUCAUUAGUUCAUUUGCAUCACCUGUGUCCCAUUAAUUACCCCUGUUAUGUUUGCUACUUAAGUUCCUCCUGUGUUGCACCUGACUGUCUGUCUCCCUGUUGAAUUAUUCAUUAAACCAGUACUUUUGGAUUA